AUGGUCUCCCUUGCACUCAUCACCGAAGCCUUUCCGGCCCUGACGCCGGCACAAUGGUGCCAGGCCUUUUUCGGAAUCUCCUCGGCAUCCAUCCUGGCCAUGCAGGUGAUCCCCAAGGCGGCUCAGCACCUGCUUCUCGACUACGGGGCGCGCUCGCCAGUCACCACCAUCAUCACUGAUGACCGGUCGAAGGAAGCAGCCGGGCCUGAGGGAUCGAAUGUUUUCAACGACCUCGUCAAAGCAGUGGCUUCCGUCGGCCAGAUUCCGCACUCGUGGUUCAUGCACUUCUAUAUCGCGUCCGUCGCGGGCUCGGCUUUGUGGGCAUGGCAGUACCUCCAGGGUGGUUCGGCCAUCACAUUCAUCGCUGCGCAACAGGCGGCUUCCGGGACCCCGUCCAUGAGCCUCGAACAGACGAUGCUUGUGUGGAUACUGAUGGCGCUGCAAGGCGCGAGGAGGCUCCAUGAAUGCUUGUUUGUGAUGAAGCCAGGAUCUUCCAAGAUGUGGUUCGUCCAUUGGCUGCUCGGGCUGGGCUUCUACCUCUGCAUGAGCGUAUCCGUCUGGGUCGACGGUUCAGGCGAGUCGCUUUUCAUCGAUCCACGUCGACUUCCCGCUAACUCGACGACCUUUCCCAGCCUCUCUGUUAGAGACAACCAAGUCAAAUCAUGGGAGCCUGCUGUCGUUGCCCACCAUUGUGGGAACGGCUGUGGCCUUUUUCGAUAUAUCGUCUGCCCCCACUAUACUUGCGAAUGCCUCAUCUAUCUGGGCCUUGCCGUCGCCGCGGCGCCCGAGGGCCGGUUCAUCAAUCGCACCCUCCUAUGCGCCUUCUGGUUCAUUGUCACCAACCUUGGCACAACAGCUGAUGGAACCAAGCAGUGGUAUGCGCAAAGGUUUGGCAAUCGAAAGGUAGCUGAUAGAUGGAGGAUGAUACCAUUCAUCUUUUAG